CAGUCAGUCAGUCAGUCAGUCUGUCUGCUGGCACAGGAGGAGGCUGCGGCUACUUCUCCCUCUCUUUAUUUCUCGCGCAUAUCUCACUCUCCUUCCUCUCCAGAACAGUUCACCAGGAUUAUUUUAUAUAUGUAAAAAAGAAACAAAAAGAAAAGAAAACUAAAAUCGUUUUCGACGUGCACUGCACCCGAUGUGAAAAAAGAAAGAAGGGGAAAGAAGAGCAGAUAAAAACAGAAGAGAAAUGGGAGCGUUCCGGGUGCUGCUGGGGAGUUUACAUUACAUUGGACUCUGCCUGCAACUUAGUGUCUGCACGAGGCAAGCUGGACACGGCGAGAUAGAGAACCACAUCUCUGGGAACGCCAUGUUCACAGACGUGCCUCAUGAUAUGACUGCCCAGAGAGGUCAGGAUGUGGAGAUGGCCUGCUCCUUCAGAGGGGCGGGAACACCCUCCUAUUCACUGGAGAUCCAGUGGUGGUACAUCAGGAACCAUCUCGACUGGACAGACAGGCAGCCCUGGACAACUAAUGAAGUGGAUCCUGAAGAAGAGAUGCCAAAGGAUGCUACAAAGAUAAGUGUUGUUAAAGUUGUAGGAAGCAACAUUUCCCAUAAACUCCGCCUCUCCCGAGUAAAGCUGUCGGAUGAGGGCACCUACGAAUGUCGUGUCAUCGACUUCAGUGAUGACGCCGGUGCCCGCCAUCACCGAGUCAGAGCCUACCUGCAGGUGGUGCCAGAGAACGAUGCCAUCGACGGCAACCACAAUGACAACUUCGAGGUUUUGGAUGAUACCAAGAGAGGAGUGGGAUUUAUUGUAGGGGACGACGGGGACUCCCACGGUGGCAUCAAGGAGCACGCUCACGGCCAUCACCAGAAUCACGGGCACCACCAGGAGCACAGCAAGCGGCCUUCUUCACCUGCCCACCAUGGCCACAGCCAUGGCAGCAGCAGUCAGCAGCCCAAGGCAGUCAGAGAGCUGAGGAAGAGGGAUGUGGACAGUAACCAGAGCCACAAUGACUGCACCAAUGAGCCAAGCUGUGCGCUGUAGAUGGUCAUUGCACCUGAGCAUUAGACUACACAUGGAUUGUAUAACAUGAUGUGUGUCACAGCCAAAAAAAAAAGCUAUUCUUCCCACACAGUGCACGCAUGUACACAAAUCCACAGUCGCUAGAAAUGUACAGUAUGACUUAUCCAGAGCACAGUGCUGUAAACUGUGUGGGAAAUGUAACUUUUUUCUUGCUGUACGUGGGUCAGGCUUGGACUGUUCAUUGUCUAUAAAGCCUGGCAACGUGAAAUUCAGCAAGGGGGUGCUGAUGUGUAGAUCUAGGCAGCUCCACU